ACGAGUUUAGUAGAAGGUGAAGGUCAAAGUAAGGAUUGUUGCUGUUCCAGAGAAAUUUAGCACGUGUAAAGUGAGAACAUAAUGCCUGGUAAAAAGAAAAAGCCUUUUAUUGAUAAGAAGAAUGCUGUGACCUUUCACCUGGUUCACAGAAGUCAAAAAGAUCCCCUACAAGCUGAUGAAGAUGCUCCAGAAAGGGUGUUGAUGCCUGCUAAUGAAAAGCACAAACAAGAGGAACAACAAAAAUAUGGAAUUUUCUUUGAUGAUGGGUAUGAUUACAUGCAACAUCUCAAGGAAGCAAAUGAAGCAUAUGAAUUGGAGGCUGUGGGCCCAUAUAAUCCUUACCUCAGCAUGGAAGAUGAUUUUGAACAAAACUACUAUGGCACAGAAGCUAAUGAGGGCGAAGAAAAUGACAGAAAGGUUAAAAUCCAGCUUCCUUCAUCUGUGUUUGCUUCUGAAGUUGAAACUGAUACUGGAAUGUUGAAUAAAGCUGAAACUGUGAUAGGUCCCAGACCAGACUUGGAUCCAGAUAUAUUGGCAGCAUUGGAUGAUGAUUAUGAUUUUGACAACCCAGACAACAUACUUGAAGAUGACUUUGUAACACAGGCCAAUACUGCAACAGAUAGUGAUGACAUAUAUUGGAAAGGUGAUGAUGAUGAAGAAGAAUAUUCUGGUAGUGACAUAGGCUCAGAUGAGCAGUUGUCAGAUGUUGGAAGUUUGGAAAAUUUUGAAACCAAAUCUCAUUUCACAAAUUACUCUAUGACAUCAUCAGUUAUAAGGAGGAAUGAAGGACUGACUUUGCUGGAUGAUAGAUUUGAGCAGUUGUACACAGCAUAUGGUGAUGAUGAAAUAGGGGCAUUGGACAAUGAAGAUAUUGAGGGCAGGUUGCAACAGGGAAGUGAAGUCCUGAAUGAUAUAUUGGACGAAUUUGAAAAGCAACAGGCACAAGUAAAAUUAAAAGAUGUUAUCGAAAAGGGGAAGGAUAAUGUUGAGAUUGAAACAGACUCAGAAGAAGAUGAUGGUGAUGAUGAUUUAGUUAAAAUGGUUAUGGAGAAGCCAGAUGAAAAAUGGGACUGUGAGACAAUUUUAUCCACAUAUUCUACAUUAUACAACCAUCCAAAAACCAUAGAAGAACCUACAAAAAAGGAAAAAGACAUUAAAUUUUCAAAGAAGACUGGUAUUCCUCUAGGCAUCUUACCUCAAAAAGGUUUGACUAAAAAACAAUUAGAAAAAGAGAUGGAUCAUGCAAAUAAAGGAGAUGUCGCAUGUACAUACAGGCCUAAAGAUGAAAGCACAGAUGAAAAGAGAGCCAGGAAGAAGGCAGUCAAAGAGCAAAGAAAAGAAAGAAGGGCAGAAAAGAAGGCCAACAAGGUAGCAUUCAAGGCUGAGCAGAUUAGACAAGAAAAAGAAUUAAUCAAUUUACAAAACAACCUACAAGGGGUAAAAAUUGUAUAACCAGUGCAUGGCUCCAGAAGUUGAAGGCCUUACUUUCAAAAACAUGUAUCACACAACUUGCACACCUCAUAUCAUGUCAAAAAACAUCAAACUGGUGCUUUAUAAUGUACACUUUUUGGAACUCUAAUAAGACAAGGGAGAGAUGGGGCCUGUUUUUCUAUCAAAAGACACAAACUUUGAAGGCCUUUGAUAUUUUUGUCAAACGCUGCAAAUUUUUCAAAAAGCAUAUAUUAUCUGAAAUACUUUUUUUAAAAAGUUAUUAAAAUAUGAAAUCAUUUGUUAGGAGAAUGAAAUCAUGUCGAUAAUAUCAAGACGUGGUGUUGCUUUAAUGGGAUUCAGAUGUCUUUUUCCUUUGGUUAUCAGCAGUAACUUAAUUAUAAAAAAAAUUGAAAUAUCAAAUUUACUUUUCCAAGAUAUUACUUGGAUAUAUUCUUAAUUUUUAACUUGGACCUGUAUUUUUCACUUUAAAAUUUUGCUGCAAA